AUGUCUAUUGGAAAUCUUGUUGUUCCACAUAAUGUAUUUGAAUUGGAAGGAAUUAAUUUCUUUGAAUUUGUGAAAUUAUUCGCCGGUGAGAAACUGUCAAGUCUUGUUAAGUUCCAAGAUAUUAGUAAUGCACAAUGUCUUAUUGCUUGUGAUAAUCCAUUUGAAAUUCUUUCGUUGAACUCAGAUGAUUUACUCGACUUGCAAAAGGAAACAUGCAUAAAAUUAAAAACUAAUGGUUUUGUAGUCUUACCUGGUCUAAUAUGUAAAAUGAAGAUUUUGAAAGGUAUAUUAUUAAAAAAAUGCAGUGAAUUGAAAAAAAAAUCAAUUAUCUCUGCAAAUAUUAAUGGAACAACUGAUACGUCAUUAGAUAAUCCAGUUAUUGGCAAUGUUACUAAUAUAACACAACUGUCUGUUCAAGAGUCGAUUAAUAUUUGGUCGCCAAUUGCUAGUAAUUAUGCAACUGAAGAUCAACUUAGACAACAUUUAAUUGAUUUAAUUGAUGAUUGGUGUAUGCAAUUGAAAGAAAACGAAAAUCAAUUUGCCUUUCGUCUACAACAAGAUACCGAUUACGAAAUUAUGAUCGAUCCUGUAUCAAAUAAGGUGUUGAUCAAAUGUCAAUGUAGUGUGAAAAUGGUGUUAGGUCAAAAAAGCAACAGAUAUAUCUUGUCGAAUUUCAUUCGUCAUUUAACACAAAAAAAAACCAUGUGCUAUGGUUCAACAAAAACUAAUGAAUAUUAA